GUCUCUUCGUAAUCGUGCCUUUUCAUCGAGUCGGGUCGGGUCUCUUCAUUGUAUAAAAUUGAGAAUUUUCCCAAUCUUCUCCACUUUUGCCAUUUUUUGCGCCGUAGCUUUGCCGUUGAUUUCGUUCACUAUCUCCGUUUGCUUCCGUCGCCGUCGCAGUCCAAUUUUGAAGGUUAGUUCCCUCUUCUCCGUUCUCAUGGCGUCUUCCGAUUCCAAUCCUUCCACCCCCGCUGUCGACUCAGCGGUGGUUUGUUUUGAAGAAAUGUACCGUCAAGAUCCCUCCCUCCGCCCUGACGGCUUGAUGGGAGGAAUUGACCAUUCUAGGGUUUUGAGCGCGGUGCCUCUCCGCACGUCCGUCACCGUGGCAUCAUCGUCCCGGGCAACGCCCUUGAAAAAGAAGAAGAAGAGAUCGAAAGUUGUCAAGGGGAAGAACCCGAAAUCCUUACCCGUUACCGUGCUGGAAACGGGUCCGAUUACGAAUACGGGUUGUCUUCUGUUGGAUAUUGACUUUGACGAGGCUCUCCACUUUGUGGGAGACAGUUACACAGUGCGCCGACCACACACAACCAACCAUGUCUUCUCCGUGACCUGUCCCGACACCGAGGUCGAGGUGCACGUGGCGUCAAUGCGUUACGGCCUUUGCUUCCCUCCUCACGACCUGAUAGUCCAAUUAUUGAAUUUCUACCGUCUUUUGCCGGGUCAGCUCAGUCCCCACUCUUACUAUUGCUUCUCAAUUUUCCUGAUUAAGUGUCACCAGAGGGGAGUCCCCUGGUCUUUGGACUUGUUUUGUUAUAUGUUCAAGGUCUCCAAAGUGGGGGCCAAUGAAGGGAAUUCAUAUGCCGUUGUCUCUUCCCAGGCCGAGUUUGACUGCCGGCCUAAACCGCCUCACGUGUACACGGUGUGUACGGAGCAGAACCUAGCGGAGGUGGGGAUCCUUAUCUCCCUCGAGCGCCAAUUCGAGCUGUCCGAGGCCGUGCUUGGGAGUCGCCCUAAGCAUGGGCUUGAGGAGAGUGCCCCGAGGUCGGAAGAUAUAGAGUUGGAGGACAACGAAAGGGAAAAUGGCGGGGAAGCCGGAAACGAUGAAGAAUCAUGGCAGCCGUCCUACUCCGAGGGGGUUGUUGGUACGGAGCCUUCUGGAGAUCUGUCCCUCAUAUCAAGGCCAAACUGCUGGCUCGAAACCGAGGCCGAGGAGCGGAGGUUCAACAAGGAUCUUCGCCCGUGGGCGCAACUGGAUCUGUUGCCUCGGCUCCGGAUCGGGAAGUAACUCCGUCCCGGAACCAGAAGAAGAGGAAACUCAUUCAGGUCGAGGACGAGGAAACCGCGUUCGAGCAGGAUGUGGUUCUGACCCAGAGU